CUGCUGCUGGCCUUCCCCCCGUGCGUGGCCAGGGUGCCCGUGGCGCGCUGCCAGCAGCACUCGGGCUGCAUGAAGAAUUGCCUGGGCAGCCGGGAUCCCUACUGCGGCUGGACAGCCGAGGGCUCCUGCACCUUCCUGGAGCCCAGCCCCAGGGUGGCCUUCGAGCAGGACAUCGCCGGCRGCAGCACGUCCCACCUGGGCGAGUGCGAGGGGCUGGUGACGGAGAGCUUCGUGGACGAGCCGGACGGGCUGGUGUCGGUGAAUCUGCUGGUGAUCUCCUCGGUGGCCGCGUUCGUCAUCGGCGCCGUCAUCUCCGGCUUCAGCGUGUGCUGGUUCAUCGGGCACCGGGACCGCAAGGAGCUGGCGCGGCGCAAGGACAAGGAGACCAUCCUGGCGCACAGUGAGUCGGUGGUGAGCGUCAGCCGCCUGGGCGAGCGGCGGGCUCGCGGAGCYUUGCUGGCCCCGCUCAUGCCCAACGGGUGGCCCAAGGAGCUGGCCAAGGUCGCCCAGCACGACCUGGACUCGGGCGUGCUGCCCACGCCGGAGCAGACCCCGCUGCAGCAGAAACGCUGCCCCGGAGCUCUCCAGAACUGCACGUGGGAGCAGAGUCACAACAUCAUCAACGCGGCUUUGCGGGACCCUGGCGGCUCCGGGCCCGCGGGAGCCGGGCGGGGGCACGGCGGCUCCGGCCGAGCCCCCCGGGGCAUCCCCCUGUCCUGCCACGCCAUCCUGGUGGACCAGGAGCUGGAGGCCGAACUCAGCGACUCCUCAGGUGACGGGCAUUGGGCUCGGGACCCCCAGGAGGGUCCCCGCAGCCGGCAGCACCCACCCGCCGGCGCCCGCCGCCCGCCCCGCAGCUCCUACGGCGACUUCGGCGGGACGCCGCACCCCAGCCCCGAGCGCCGGCGGGUGGUCUCGGCACCCAGCGGGGAGGGGGGAGACUUUACCGAGGGGCCACCCUGGCACCCCGAGCAGCUGAACUUCAACGCCAACAACGGCACGGGCCGCCCCGGCGCCCACCUCAAGAGGAACCACACGUUCAACAGCGGCGAGGCGGCGGCGGGAGGCUACGGGCGGCACGGGACGGGGGCUCGGGCAGCCCGGGCACCGGGCACCCCGCGGCCGCUCACGGACCUGCACCACCUCCUGCGCUACGGCGUGGAGCGGACUCCCUCGGGGAAAUAGGGUGCCACCCCUGUGUGCGUCCCCCUGGCCAGGACACUAAUGGGGACCGCGGCUCCCUGGGGACAGGGAGGGACGGCCGGGCAGGAGCUGCGGGCAUGGGGUGAGGUGCUGCAUGGGUGAGGGGGGGACAGGCACCCCCUGGGUGCCCCCGGAGAGGGUUUGGGGGUGUCCCCGGCUGGCGCGGGGCGGUGCCCUGCGCUCCGGCUGCUUUGUCCCGUGUGCCGGGGGUGGGGGAGCGUCCAUCGUGUCCCCUCCCCAGGCUGGACCCAGGGCCAGCAGCACCCUGGGACGGGGAUCCCUGGGAGGCAGCAGGAUGGACACACGGACACGGGCGCUGGGCUGUGCCCCCCAGCCCGCAGUGGCACCGGGGGGGGCUGCCAGCUCCUUGGGGACACCCGGCCGGGAGGUGCCAUCGGUUGUGGUGACGGAAUCUGGCGAACAUUUUGGCUGCGGGGGGUUGAGGACCCCACGAAUGUGGCKUUUUCUGGGGACGGGGCACAUUCCCACCGCCGGUCUGGGGUUAACYCUUCCCAGUGCCAGUCUGGGGGUGCCCAUCCGCCCCCACCCCCGGCACCCCCUCCUGGAAAGCACAGCCGGGGUGGGGUGGGCACCGYCGGGGGGUCCCACCGAACCCACUCUCUGCUGGCAAAGGGUGCCCUUUCGGUGCCAGCCCUGCCCGGCACCCACCCGGGGUGGCGUGUGGCGGGGGGGUGGCAGGUCCCCGGGGGGUGGCAGGCUGUAAAUAGGGCAGGGGGCGGCGGGAGCCCCCCCCCCCUCCCAGCGGCCAUGCAUGCGGCCGCCCGCGGGCUGUACCCCGCGGCCCCAAUAAACACCCGGUUACCGGAGGCGACUCCCCCGCCGCCGCCUCGGCGCCUUCUUGACCAUCCCCGGGAGGCGGGAGCGGCCGGGGGGCACCGGGAGGGGCACAGGGUCACCCCCUCCCUCUGUGGGCACACGCACCCACCCCUCACCCGACCCCACGAGAGUCCCCAUACCCCUUUCCCCACAAAUUCCCCUGGGAUAGAGCAGUGCCCGCGCCCUGU